GGGCCAUGGCCCAGCCCUGGGCAGCCCCUCCCGCUGCGGCCGCUGAGCUGGGGGCCCCGGCCGGCGGGCACCCCCCUUUCUGCAGCCGCCAUGAACCGGCUUUGGAACAUGAGGCGCGUGGACCCCCGGCCGGGCCCCCCGACGUGGGUCCCCAUCCUGGGCCAGCUGCAGAAGACCCUGCGGCAGGGCGACUACCUGCCCCUCCGCCCGCUGCCCAUGUUCGAGAGUAACUUUGUCCAGGUGACCAGCCGAGGGGCCCCAGUGUACGUGCACCACAGAAGCAACCACCUGACCAUGGGGGUGGCCGCCUCGCUGCCCGGCCCCGCGCUGCCCGACCUCCUGCUCAUCGCCAGGCCCUCCGAGGGCAGGGACUGCCCCAACCUCAUCCUCUCCAGGAUAAUCCCGCUGGACCUGGUUCGCCUCUAUGUGCACAACCUGUCGGCCCGCUGCCUGAAGCUGCGCUUGCUCACCGGCCGCUACUACUACCUGGAGCUGAACGCCCCCGACAGGGAGAUGGCCUUCCUGUUCGACCGCUGGGUCCGCCUCAUCAGCCUGCUCCAGGAGGCCCCUGCUCCCGGGGCCCCCCGGACCCUGAGCACGCCCCUCUCCGACCUGGCCCACGUGGGCCCCCCUGCCUCCACCUGGCAGCUCCAGGACCAGCCCCACAGGAGACGCUCCGCCACGGCUGCGGGUCCCCGCAAGAUGCUGGCGUCUCCGAAGCAGAAGAAGGCCAAGGCGAGCAGGCCGCGGCCGGGCCGAGGGGCGCUGCGCCCCGAGCCCUCCCCUGCCGCCGCCCCGUCCCAGCCCCUCCAGGGCAGGUUCAGGUCCCAGGCCGUGGGCGACUCGGUGCCGCUCGUCUGGUCGCAGCUGGAGCCCCCGGGCGCUGGGAAGAGGUCCCACCCCGACCCCGGACACGGCUCUCAGACCAAAACCUCCGUCUCUGCCCCCCAAGUGAGGGGGCCGGACCCAGUGAGGACCAGCAUCACCAUCAGGACCAUCUUCAGCAUCUUUUCCAGAUCCUUCAGCACACCGCUGUCCUCUUCCAAGGGAUGCUCGGCGGACGGGGCAGCGGCGCUCGGCGGUUUGGCUGAGGCCCGUUCACAUUGUCACAGCCCUGACGCCUCCUUGCUCAUCUCCUACAAGCACUUGUACGUGCGAGAGGCCCUGGGAGGCCUGGCGGACCCCGACUCCAGCACCCUGUCCUCCGGCUCCCUGGGCCCGGCCACCUACCCUCCCAACUUCUACCCGGACGGCCAGGCCAGGCCCCAGCGCCCCGUGCAGAGGCCGUGGCCUCCGCCCUCCCAGAGGGCCCCCUCGGGCCCGGCCGCCUCCCGGAAGGCUCCGGCCCCCCUCGAGCAACCCCAGAAGGCCCCAGCGGAACGGGCUCCGUCUCGGAAGGCCCCGGCGGGACCUGCUGCCCCCGGCGGGACCUGCUGCCCCCCAGUUCUGGCCUCCGCCCCCCGGAAAGCCCCAGCCCCAUCGAAGACCCCACGGGUCCCUGCCGUUCCCCAGGAGGCCGCGUCGCGUCCUGUCUGCUGCCAGGAAUCCCUGUCCCUGCCGACCCCAUCGCCGCAGGCGCUGACGCCCCGCUCCCGCUACCAGAUGGCCUGCGACUCUGCGGCCUGGGGCGCGGGGCCCGCGGGCAGCCGGCUGGGGACUGUGCUGGAGAGCCGCCCGCCCGGAGGGAAGACGGAGCCCCUGAUGCUGGUGGGCACGCAGCAGACCGAGGUCACGGAGGUGCGGGCCCAGAAGAUGUCCCUGGAGCUGCCCGGCCACACGGCCAGGAGGGCGCGGGAGGAGAGGGUGGUGGGCCGCGCCCGCGAGGUCGCCCUGGACGGCCGGAAGGGCCGGGGGCAGGUGGAGGACAGGGUCCGCAGCUCCAGGGAGGAGAGGCGCGUGGACCUGCCCGGCUUCCGGUCCCAGGCGACGGGGCAGCGGCGGAAGUGGGUGAAGACGCAGCAGCUGGCCGUGGAGGGGGCCCCGGGGGCGCCCAGGAGGCCCUUCUCCGUGGACGAGCUCACCCUGGCCAGGCUGAUGAUCAUGGCCAAGGCCAAGGAGCCGCCCUUGAGACCCCGACGGUUGGGGCUGCCGUCCUGGCUCUUCAUCUCCCAGGUGUCUGCCGGGCCACCCAGGGGCCCAGAGCCCCUCGGCCCCAGACAGGCGGCCACGGCGGAGGGAGCCCCGCGGGUGGCCCGGGAGCGGCCGCGGUGGGGCCCCUGGGUGAAGGGGGGCGUGGGCAGGUGGGUGGAGGAGACGCUGGGUGCGCAGGAGGCGGCGGCAGAGCCGGAGAAGCUGCCCUCGGUCCAGAGGGGCCCCUCCAAGGUGCGCCCCCGCGCCCCGAGCGCCCCCAGAAGCUCCAAGUUGGACAGAGUCUCCGAGGCCCCCAUCCCUCUGCCCGCGACCAGGUGGGAGGACGUGCCGCCGUCGCACACCGUGUCGACCCCCAUCUCAAAGAUGGAGGCCAGGGUGUCCCGGAAGCUCAAGAGAGAGGCUGCGGGGACCGAGGGGGGCCCGGGCCAGGGCCCCGAGGCCACGGCGGGGUCGUCCUUGGAGAAGGUCGUGCCCAAGCUGGUGGAACUUGAGAGGAUGAGGAACGUGGCCAACGGGAUGGAGCAGACGGAGGAAAGCCCGCAGGUCCUCACGCCGUGGUCCAGUGUGCUCACUGAGCGCGCACUGCCCUCUCCCCAGCAAGCACCGAGCCCAGCGCUUCCAGUAGCAGGAUCCCAGACUCCACUCAGUCGCUACAUGGUCCAGAGUGAUCCAGUGUGGCCAGGCCCCAGGCGCCGUGCGCUCUACUUUAAGAAGUCGGAUGCUGGCCUGGCCGAGCGGAGGGCGUCUCGGCUGCAGUAGAGAACAGAGCUAUUUAUACAUUUAUAUAUUGGGGGGCGGGGCGGGCCGGGGGACAACCCGCGGGGUGGCCCAGCUUCGCAGAGAUUAAAAGCCUGAGUCUGAGACGCGGCAAACGUCGAGC